AUGAAUUAUGGCUGCAGCAAUCAUGUGCAAAGCGGGCCGGGAGAUUCAGUCUAUCAUGGAGAAAUCACAUCUGCCUUCGGUGAGGAAAGAGGCCUCAUAUUCAAUCCCGCUGAUUCUGCGGGCUGGUCAACUUUCGGAAAGGGGGAAGCUAAAAGCAAAAUCAAAUACUUCAAACGCAUUAAAGAGAUGCCCGAUGAAAGAUGGGCGAAACGAAUGCUGACCAUGAUCAGCAUCAACAAUGCCAGAGUCAAAGCCGUAGAGAGGAUGAAAACGCUUUCAUUGAAAUAUGACUGCGAUAAGAUAGUGAUCGAACGGUCGGAAGCAGGCGGAGCCUGUCUGAACACAUUCGGAAAGAAUAUGGAGGAGAAGAUCCGAGAUUUGGUCCAUCGAGAAUGGAGGGAGGACAUGAGCGAAAAGCCCUGCCUCGCAAGGUAUCGAAAACACAAGCAACGACGCGGUACCGUUGAUAACAUAUACGACAAUAGCAGAGGAAGUGUAUUGCUUGCACAGGCGAGAGCCGGCUUCCUCAGAACCAGAAAAUUCAGGUCAAGACUCGAAGAGAUUGACCCGAGUCGCAGGAUCUGUGGUCAGGAGGAGACUCUGGAGCACGUCCUGCUGGCAUGCCAUGAAAAGACAUGUGGUGACGAAGAGAUUCAAGAGCGGCUUGGGUUACAUGAGGAGUCGGGCAGGCGAGUCAUUGACGGUACUAAGCGGAUUUUCGAGAGAGUGGAAAGAUGGGAGGCGAAGCCACCCACACCCCAAGAGUGA